AUGGAUUAUUCAAUGUAUUCUACUGAUUCAUUACCAUCUCUACCUUUACCACCAAAUACAUUCACCUCUACUUCUACUUUAAACAGAUAUCCACAUCAUCAUCAAAAUUAUAAUCAUUAUCAAUAUAAUCAAUAUAAUCAAAGUAGUCAGCAACAAAAACAAAAGAUCAAUCAUGUGAUCUUCUCUUCAACCACUACAAAUAAUAAAAUAUCAAAAAAAUCUUCUAAUCUUUCAAAGAUAUUAAGUAAUGAUGAUGACGAUUAUGGUAAAGAUAGACGACAACCGUUUCACAAGAUCAACACCAAAAGGUUUAAAUGUGAUGAAGAUUUUGAAAGAAUUGAUGAUGAUGAUGUUCUUAGAGAUACUAAUGGUAAUCUAUGUUGUCAGGAUAGUGGAGUCACAUACAUGUCAUCGAUAGAUAUCAAUAAUAAUAACAACAGUACGGAAAGCUCACCAUCAAAAAGUUCUCCGAUUACGUUAAACGAUAGUAGUAAUGACGACACUCAAAAUAACAGCACAUUUACUGAACAAUUACCUCAACAACAAAUCUUACGUCAAAAUAAAGGUUUGAGACAUUUUAGUAAACAAGUAUGUGAUAAAGUAGAAUUGAAAGGUGUUACCACUUAUAACGAGGUUGCUGAUGAACUUGCAGAAGAUUUUGCUGCUCAAAUGCAAGAUAUUGUAGAUCAAAAGAAUAUAAGACGUCGUGUAUAUGAUGCAUUGAAUGUAUUAAUGGCAAUGGACAUUAUAGCUAAAGAUAAGAAAGAAAUUAGUAAUAACAAUAGUAGUAACAAUAAUAACAAUAAUGACAUCAACGAUAUUAAUGUUAAUUCAGCUUUAUUACCUGUGACGACUGAUGCUGAAAUUGAAAGACAAAAAUUUGAGCUUCAAGAUGGUGGAUUUGGCAAUCCUGGCGGUGUUUGUGGAAUUAAUAAUAACAAUAACAAUUAUUGUGGACAUUAA